AAUUUAACCCUAAUUUCCAUUUGGGACAAUGAAACCAGGGCAUCCAAGCACGUAUAUGAGUUGGGGGUAUUUAUGCAGACAAAAUGCACAUUCCUUUCGUCUUUGUAUGACCAACUCACUGUAGAGAGUCAAAACUAUAUCGAUCUUCCUUUUAGAAAACUCCAUCUCUGUAAUCGGAACAAUGGCAGGUGAAAGCGCAGCGUCUCAUAGGAGAGACCCCAUCAAGAACACAGUUGGGAAUGCUGCUGUACAAAGGAGAAGGCAGCAUGCUGUAUCAGUGGUGAAAGAAAGAAGAGAAGCAAUGUUCCGAACCAAACGAUUGUGUAGAGAUGGAGUUAGUAGCGAUAUGGAUGUUGUGACCGAUGGUGACAUGAUGAUCGAAGAGGAACCAUCCAUUUUAGAGGCUCAAACAUCUUCUGCUGUUGAAGAAUUGAAGCUUGCAGUUUCUUUCAAGGGAAAAGGUGCGGUUCAAAAGAAGGUGAAUGCUCUUCGUGAACUAAGGAGGCUAUUAUCAAGAUCCGAGUAUCCUCCUGUUGAAAUUGCUCUUAAAUCUGGAGCAAUACCUCUACUUGCUCAAUGUCUUUCAUUUGGGUCUGAAGAUGAACAGUUGCUUGAAGCAGCGUGGUGUCUUACAAAUAUAGCUGCGGGAAAACCAGAAGAAACUAAAGCUUUGUUACCGACAUUACCAUUACUUAUUGCUCAUCUUGGAGAGAAGGGUUCAUCAUGUGUUGCUGAGCAGUGUGCAUGGGCAUUAGGAAAUGUUGCCGGUGAAGGAGAGGAUUUGAGAGAUCUUCUCCUUUCACAAGGAGCGUUACCUCCUCUUGCAAGAAUGAUGUUGCCGGAUAAGGGUUCCACAGUCAGAACAGCCGCUUGGACAUUAUCAAAUCUAAUCAAGGGACCAGACCCAGAGGCUGCAACGGAACUCAUAAAAGUUGAUGGGGUGGUGGAUGCCAUACUUCGACACUUGAAGAAAGCGGAUGUAGAUUUAGCAACUGAAGUAGCAUGGGUGGUUGUCUAUCUAUCGGCUCUUUCAGAUGUUGCUACAAGUGUGCUAAUGAAGACCGAUCUUGUACAAGUUCUUGUGGACAGAUUGGCGGCCUCAAAUAGUUUGCAAUCACUCAUUCCGUUGCUACGGAGUUUAGGCAAUCUCAUGGCCAGUGAUGCUUACACGACGAACGUUGUUCUUGUUCCAGGACAUGAAAUCACAGACAGUAUUAUACGAUCAUUAAGUAAAUGCCUGAAGAGCGAGCAUCGUUUCUUGAAGAAGGAAGCAGCUUGGGUGCUAUCGAACAUAGCUGCAGGCUCCGUUGGUCACAAGCAAGUGAUAUGCAAAAGCGAAGCCGUGUUGUUAUUAUUGCAGCUUCUUGAUUCAGCACCAUUCGACAUAAAAAAGGAGGUGGCGUAUGUUCUGGGCAAUCUCUGUGUUGCUCCAGCUGAUGCCUCUGGGAGGCCAAGCUUAUUAUUGGACCACUUGGUUUCGUUUGUCAAAGCUGGAUGUCUUGGUGGUUUCAUUGAUUUGGUUAGAUCAGCCGAUCUCGAAGCUGCUCGACUCGGACUUCAUUUCAUCGAGCUGGUUUUAAGAGGAAUGCCGAAUGGUGAGGGUCAGAAGCUGGUUGAAGGUGCAGACGGAAUCGAAGCGAUGGAACGGUUCCAGUUUCACGAAAACGACGAGCUUAGAAUGAUGGCGAAUCUGUUGGUCGACAGUUAUUUUGGUGAAACGUAUGGGCUCGAUGAGUAGAAAAAGAAUACAUUGUGUAACAUUGUAGGUUAACCAUCGAUGCUUGAAUAUAACUUUUGUUAUAUGUUGGUUUUUUGGGUACAUAUUGAUGGUGUGUUUUAAAA